AUGAGCUUCACAAAAAACCUAACCCGGGCCCUAAACACUCAACCCCUGACGCAGCCCCUCCGCCGCCAGCAACAACAACGCACCCUAACCUACGCAACAAACUCCCAUGAAUCCCUCGAGUACCGACUAAGCAAGCUCUCACUCUCAAAAAUCAAGCAGGAGUCCGCGCGCCCGGAGCCCGACCUGCGGCAUGUGGUCGGGUAUGCAUCCGUGAACCGCGCGGUGGGGGAUAAGAUGUAUCAGAAUUUGGUGCGGGGGGUGGAAACGUUAAGGACAGAGAGGAAGGAGAGGGCCGAGAGGUGGAGGAAUCGUAUGGCUUCAUCAUCAUCGUCAUCAACAUCGCUUUCUUCUUCUGGGUCUGGGGCUCCGGGUGUUCGGAAAGGGAACGCCGAGGAGGUGGGGGAGAUGAGGUGCGUUGAGGGGAGGAAGAGGAAGGCGAGGUCGAGGGGGUUGAGGGAGGAGGUUUCAGGUUGGAUUUAA